GCCCACGGCCCAAACAACUCCUCCCGUCCAGAUUUUGACCGGAGGGAUCCUCCGAGAGUAUAUAUAACAAAAUUCAAGUUCGUACCAGUAGGUUGUUCUUCGGAUGCUCAUAAAAAAACCCUAGCUUCGAUUCAGAGAUUUUCCGAAGAUUCGUCGACUCGGAUUUUAGCCUCCAGAUUUGAGCUAAUCUCUCUCCUCAAAUCAAUUUGAAGAAAUCAGGAAUGGCAACUGAACCCAAGGCUGCAACUGAAGACGCAAAGAUCGAUCUAUUCGAAGACGAUGACGAAUUCGAAGAGUUCGAAAUCAACCAAGAGUGGGAGGCCAAGGAAGAAGGAAAAGAGAUAACGCAGCAGUGGGAAGACGACUGGGAUGAUGAUGAUGUCAACGAUGACUUUUCUCUGCAGCUGAGGAGGGAGCUCGAAAACAAUACAGAGAAGAAUUGAAGCCAAGUCUACGUGUCAUUGUAGCUUGAUCAGGCAUUCUUAUUCUGUACUCCGUGGGAUCAUUAUUCAAACUCAAUGUCAGUUUCUUCAUAUUAAUCCUUUUCUUUUCAACAAUGAUUGUAUGAAUACUUAAUUCUAGAAAUUCAGGAGUUACUCUUUGAAGUGCAUCUCAUGGUAUGGAUUAGCCGUUGGACUCCUUUGAAGUUAUAACCUAAGCACUCUGUGUUGUAACUCGAUUAACUCCCGAGUCGUAACUUGGAGUUAUUAUUUGAUGUGGUUGUGGUUGUAACUUCGACCACUUCAUAUCUUAACGAAGAUCACAUAUGAGAA